AUGAAUUUGGAUUUGGCGAGAGUUUUGUUCGUGGAACAAGCAAUUUUUGAGUUUCAAAUUCGUGACAGCGAGGUUCAAGGCAUCAAUCAAUUUCUACGAGUCACAGCAGCAAAUAUACAUAAUAUCGGCAUAUUCUAUCGGCAAGUCCAGGAUUGUGGUAGUGGCGGUAUUCGCGGAACCAGUGGUCAUAGUACCAGCAGAGUUGGUGGACGAGUAGGCAGGCUGACGACGAUUUCGAGGUUGGUGUCACGUUGUUGUUUCAGAUCGUUGGUCGUCAUCUUGUGCUUCAAAUGUCCAAUCAGACGGGUCACGCAUGUGCGCAACUGUUCCAAUGAUCGUUGUCCAAGGCUAUCCAAAUAG